AUGGCUCCCCUCGACGGCUUCUCGCUGUUCCGCUUCAUCAAGAGCUCGCCGAACCUGCUGCGCUCGCUGCAGCCCAUCAGCAACGCCUACGCCAACGCCGCCGGCCACCGCAAGGUCGGCCUCAAGUACGACGACCUCAUCAUCGAGGAGGACGGCAAGGUGCAGAAGGCGCUGAGCCGUCUCUCAGAGCGCGAGUCGUACGACCGCGCCGCGCGCCUGCGCGCUGCGUUCCAGUACUCGGUGCUCCACCGCGACGCGCCGAAGGAGCAGUGGCUGUCGGCUGAGGAUGACAAGCGCUACCUGACGCCGAAGAUCGAGGAGAUCGAGUCGCAGGAGAAGGAGAGGUCAGACUGGGACACGGUCAAGGUGUCGAAGAACUAG